UUGGAAAUUAGUUCCGGAUGUUUGAGCUGUAGCUUUAUUUUAGUGAUCUGGGCCAUUAACAUUGGUGAGCAGUGUGUUUGCCCUUUCUUCCUUGCCCAGCAUGAAGCUGGCAGUAUCCCUUGCCUUGCAUUCGGUGGUGCCCAUGCCCCUCAUGCUGGCAGAGGUUGAGCAGGGUGAAGGGGCUGCUGUGUCCCCCUCUCCCUAAGUAUAUGGAAGGCAUAAAAAUGAGAAAUGUAUAUAUAUUUUUCCACUUUGCUGAAGCUUGCUGUGUUGCGUGGUGGCUGUCGCUGAGGCAGGGCUGGUGUUUUCGUGCUGGGGGUGUCCUGCUGGCGGCACCUCUGGCUCAGGUUAACGCAUCAGAGUGGGAGCUGAUGCACGAGGGAGCUGGUCCCGUGGUGGCAGAGGCUGGUGCAAAGCUCAGGGUGCGCAGUGGUGUCUGCAGAGGGGCUGGGGAUGAGCUCUGCUGUGCUUUGGGGGAUGCGACGGGUGAAGUGGGAAUAAAGAUCUGCAUCUCUGAGCAAAGGGAUUCCUGUCAACUCUGAGGGAUUAAGGCUGUUUUUUUCCUGGAUGUUUAUGCAAUACCAAGACCAUGAUGUUUUUGGCUAAGCUUUAGCAACGUGGCUAUUUUAAUAAUACAAUGGAACUAGCAGAGUCUUUCUGUUUGUCCUGAUUUUGCUGUUUAUCCUGUUUAUGCUCUCCUCAUUAUCCUGAACUAUGUUGUCUUCUUGUAAGCACCAACCUAUGACCCUUAAGAAGAAACCUUCAAGAAGAAAAAUUUGCUGACUGAUACUUCUUUUUGCCUGUGGCAGUUGAACGAGCCCAUCAGCCUAUAUAAUAUUAAUAUUUGUAAAAGCAAACUUACAGAGCUCAUAAAUCUUCCAUAAAAGAGGGACAAUAUCUACAUCUAUUUCAAAAUGAAGCAGGUAAGUAGGUUCUAGGACAAAAGGGUAUUGAUACAAAGGAAGUGGAGAUAUGAAAGAAAUGAAAUUGCCAUUUUAAUCUGAAAAUUGGCUCUAAGUGAUACCAAGGCUUUGCUGCUGCUGCUGCUGGAGCCAGCCUUUUGCUCUGGCCCUGGAGGGCCCCAGUCCCCGAUGUCUCCACAGCAGCAUCUCUCCCUGGCCUUCAGUUCAAAUUGCCUAAGGAGCAAAAAAGUCCAAAGCUGAAACUGGGCUUGUUUGCAGGGCAGAGGACAACUUCAUGAACAUUUUCCCUAACUGUGUCUUUAAAAAAAAAAAAAAAAACACUACAGUUUUGGCUUCUGUUACCAAUUUUAAGGCAGGAAGCAGACUUUUCCCCAUUAGGCUAUGCUCAGCAGUAUGGGGAACUCAGACGAGAAAAACUGAUGCAGCUUAUUUUUAGCCAAUGACACGAGCAAGCUGCCUGUAAACAUGCACGUGGAGCAACUCCGCGGAGGAUGCUGCUGUUGUGUCGUCAUCAUGGCGGCUGCUUUGUGAAGGAAGAAGGUCACUUUGAAGCAGGACUGGCUGAUGAAAUUUGGCUAUCUGCCUCCACCGGACCCCGUCACCGGACAGCUGCAGACACAGGAGGAGCUGACAAAAGCCAUCACGGCCAUGCAGCGGUUCGGGGGACUGGAAGCCACGGGGGUGUUAGACGAGGCCACGCUGGAGCUGAUGAAGACCCCUCGCUGCUCCCUGCCAGACCUGGCUGGCCCGGUGGCCAGGAGGAGGCGGCACACGCAGGCUGUGACCAAGUGGAACAAGAGGAACUUGUCCUGGAGGGCAAGGCAGAGCUGGAGACCGAGUGGUGCUGUGCUGAUACAGAGAAACCAUGCAGCCUCUCGAGUUCGCACCUUCCCAAAAGAGUCCCACCUGGGCCACGACACAGUUCGAGCCCUGAUGUACUACGCCCUGAAGGUCUGGAGCGACAUCACCCCCCUGAAUUUCCACGAAGUGGCAGGUAACAAUGCCGACAUCCAGAUAGACUUCUCCAAGGCAGAUCACAACGACGGCUAUCCCUUCGAUGGGCCAGGUGGCACGGUGGCACAUGCUUUCUUCCCUGGAGACCACCACACGGCAGGAGACACUCAUUUUGAUGACGACGAAUAUUGGACCUUCCGAUCAUCAGACGCCCAUGGGAUGGACCUGUUUGCUGUAGCCGUCCACGAGUUUGGCCAUGCCAUCGGCCUGACCCACAUCUCUGCCUUAGAGUCUAUCAUGAGACCCUACUACCAAGGUCCAGUGGGGGAUCCUCUGAAGUACGACCUGCCUUACGAGGACAAAGUCCGCAUCUGGCAGCUCUAUGGAGUCAGGGAGUCUGUGUCCCCCACGGCCAAGCCUGAAGGGAGCAAAACUGAUGACCAUCCUAUCCUGCCAGAGCUGCCAGAGAACCGCUCCACUGUCCCGCUGCGGCGGGACGUGCCGAACAGAUGCAACACUCACUUCGACGCCGUGGCUCAGAUCAGGGGAGAGGCUUUCUUCUUCAAAGGCAAGUACUUCUGGAGACUGACCCGCAAUAAGCACUUGGUCUCCCUCCAGCCGGCUCAGAUCCACCGGUUCUGGCGGGGCUUGCCCCUGAACCUGGACAGCGUGGACGCGGUCUACGAGAGGACCAGCGACCACAAGAUCGUGUUCUUCAAAGGAGACAGGUACUGGGUGUUCAAGGACAACAACGUGGAGGAAGGAUACCCGCGGCCCAUCUCGGACUUCGGGCUGCCGCCAGGAGGGAUCGACGCCGCCUUCUCUUGGGCCCACAAUGACAAGACUUAUUUCUUUAAGGACAACCUCUACUGGCGCUACGAUGACCACGAGCGGAGGAUGGACCCCGGGUACCCCUCGGAGACCAUUCUGUGGAAGGGAAUUCCGAGCCCUUUAGAUGAUGCCAUGAGGUGGUCAGACGGUGCAAGUUACUUCUUCAGGGGCAAGGAGUACUGGCGAGUGCUGGACAGUGAGCUGGAGGCCGAGGCUGGCUAUCCGCAGUCCAUCGCCCGGGACUGGCUGGUGUGCAGCGACAUGCAGGCUGACUCCCCAGAAGCAGCCGGCAGCAGCAGGACUGGGGCGCGCUCCAAGCCCGGGCAGCACGACGAGAGCCGCUCGGAGAACGGCUACGAGGUCUGCUCCUGCACCUCGUCCUCCGAGUCCCUGCGGGCCUGCCCCGUGCUCGGACUGUCUGCCAGCCUCGUGCUGGCGAGCGUGUGGACAGCAGCACUGGUGCGUGCAGCCCUAUGACAUCUCACCCCACAGGGAAGACAGCGCCAUGGUGCUCCAGGGACUGGAGGUGGAUGCGGUCCCGUGCCGCUAACUGUUGCAAGCAGAAAAACAUUCCUAGGAACAUGCCAGUGAAGGUUUUGAAUUCUCCAUGAGAAGUGAACCGUGGUUGUUUUUUUUUUCUUCUUCUUUUCUUUUUAAUUUUAGCUUAAAGGUCUAAUAACAGAUUUUGAGUUCUGCACCUUCUUAUUCCCCCAUCCAGCUAAAGAUGAGAGCAGCCUAACAUUGAAUUUAGAAAUGUCCCAUAGAGAUGUGUUGCUUUGGAUGUUCAAACACCACAGACAAGGGAGGGAAGAGCUGCUGUGGUCGGAUGAGGACAGCAGAGGCGGCAGCACCCUGGCAGGAAGGCAGCAGGGCUGUGGGAGCGGCGCGGUAGCUGCGCUGACAUAACGUGCACAUCCCAUUGGAUGUACUAGGUAGAGAGAAACUUUGAUUCCACUAAGAUUAACUGCAAGGUGAUCGUUUUACUGUCAAAUCCUCUGUGGUAACUGAUGUCUUAGUAACCUGUAUCAGUUUCUACAGGUCAAAAACACCUUUGCCUUUCAGAAGGCAGUGCAACUUAUCUUUGUGUCCAGGUCAUUUGAAUUUAACAAUUUAUCUAAUAAACCUUGGCUGCCUAUGCACAGCUCUCCCGCUCCUCUGCCAGAUCAAGCCUGCCACCUUCAGUAAGGUGCUGACUGUUCAGGCUCGGGCGCAGCCUUACCACCACGCAAGCAGCAACUUGCUGAGCGCAGCCUUACGGAUGGGAUGUGACUACGGCCGUCUCACCAGCCUAAUCCCUGCGCAGGAACUCCUCUGCUCUUGGAGCUUCUGUUACCAUGUUGUUUUACAUUUCGGGAGGGAUUGAGAUGUACGGAGUUCAGUUGUGGUGCUGUCACACCUGGCUGCACCACAGAGGGUGGGCCAAGGUGGGGAGGGAGGGAUGUGCUCUUCCCAGUGCCUCAGCCAAGGGUUCAGAGCAACAGAAGUAAGGUCAAGAAGUGCAUUAGGAUGGUCCUGGACUUUUACCUGCUCCUACAGCGAGCCCAUGGUGAGCCCUGGGGCAGCCUCUUGUCCCAAGGCCUUCACUGCACUGGCACAUCCCAGCCUGCUCAGACCAUGGCUUCUGUUUCUCUUCUGAGGCCUGAUGCAAUUUUGGAUCGGGCCCUUUCAGAGGACCCCUUGGACAUCUGUCAGUGCAGGAGGAGCGCACCAUUGCCCCCUGACUCCGCCUGCAGACAAUAAAUAAUAUUUCAGUG